AUGGAUCGUCAUCUACAGCGUUCUAUUAGUGCUGUAAACAGAGGGACAUUCCGAUUGAGUAAACUGCGAAAAAAUAUUCACGAAGAGCAACUACCAAAUGAUGCCCCAGAGCGUAUAUCAUCCCCGAUAAAAUGUGAAACAGUGGAUGCUCCUUGGUCCGGAAAAGAAGAUAUUCGUCCACCGUCCUAUAAUACAGCAAUCACCGAUCCAGAUCGGAAUAAGACAAAUGAGUUAUUCUGGAGUCCUCCUGAAAUCAUCAGCUCCAGGGGACGUCUGUUGCUCAGGACCAGGCCCGGAAAUUGGAAUCCGAAAUCGACCGGAGAAUACUUUACAGAUUUCAGACGGUACGAAAAUAGUCGUCUGAACAAUCAGUUGUAUUUGCAACCACGACGUUCCCGGUCGGAAUUUGACCCAGACAGAGUAGGAUUAAAACCCGUGCUGAGUAGAGUUGCACUGAAUGAGGAGCUGGAUAUGAAUUCUGUUAUACACAAGUGGCGCUUUUCACGUCUGUUUGCACCCACCUCUCGGAUCUCGGUUCGACGUCCACAUUCUGUGCUGAACAGAGUGCGUAAAAUUCAACGCCCGGUUGAUCUCUGUUUGCGACGAAGUCGUCUAGCUCAGCUACAUCGUGUUCUUUAG